AUGGCUGACGCAAAUGAGGUCGAAGAUGGAAUUGACGACAAUUAUGUGGACAAUCAUGUGCGUGGUAAGAAACGUGAAUCAGGCUUGGAUUUUCAGCCCGACCACCUCCACGAUAUUGAAAUGACAGAUUCACCCAUGAUGUCGACGCCUGCACAUGGCAGUGUCCUUCCCCCGUCCUUAACCGACUCGGGAUAUCAUACCCGCCCAGUGACACGAUCUAUGACCAAAUCCCACCUCGCCGAUUUAGUUGAUCCCAUCCCGUAUAUCACAUCUGCUUCACUGAGAGAGAAGCUUCAGAACUCGUCCAAGAAACACAAAUCGAAUCUGAAUGUGUCCAAACUUGAAGACUCGAGAGAUGUUAGCUCUAUUAUCGAUGAUCAGAUUGACGACUCCGACGAAGUUGCUUCUGAUCUAGCUGGCGUGGUGAGAAACCAGGCUCAGCCUAUUGAAUCGUUGCCGCUAGAGAAAACAUCCGCAUCGCACCCUUUAACUGGCCAGCUUCGAAUACUAACUCGUCGGUCUGCUCGCCUCAAUAAUGAAAGUAUUAUGAUACCGGAGACCGCAAAUUUAAUCAUCGAACCUCAGGAUAAUAGGCGAAAGCGAAAGUCAGCCAAACGGCUUAAAACUAACCAUGCUGGUAUUGGUACACAAGUUCGCCGCUCUCCACGCUUUAUGAAGCCCCUCACCGAGUUUUAUAGGUAUUCUGACCUUCCGGACGAACUCAAAAUGAUGAUAUGGGAGGCUGCCAUAGAACCACGUCUAGUAUAUAUCAUGAACCGAUAUUCACUAUCGCAUACCGAAGCUCAAUCUGAGGUUCAGAACGAACAACCUACCUGGUUCAAUACGUGCCGCCUGUCGCGAUGGGUCGCGGGGCUCCAUUACCUAAAGCUCUUUGCCAUGUAUAAUCCAACCACAGGUUCUUUCAACACUAGAACAAUUCAGGCUGUUUCUGCUAACGACAUUGUAAUAUUUGAACCCUGUCAUGGUGGUUGCCGUGGAUGCUAUUGUGCUCGACACCAGUACGAUCUACGUGACCGUUCUAUGGUGCGAUGCUUAGCAGUACAAGCAGAAUCGCCCAACUUACCUCCUACAACAGAGCCAUGUUGGCAAACCAUUACACGAUCGUGGCAUAAUGUCGAGACGCUUUAUUUAAUGAGAAUUGCUGUGAAGGGUGUGGACAAGAGGAAUAAAGCAAUGAUUCGGGUCAAGGAAAAUGACCACGAAGCCGCUCUCCUAAAGCGUUUCGAGGAGUGGAAGAAGGGUCCCGGUAUCGACACAGGAUUGAAAAGUCUAGAAUUUGUCGUCGUAGUAGAGAAGGAGGCAGCAAUCUCUAAUCCGCAGGAUCGCUACAAGGCUAUCGAAGACCGAUUAACUGGUCAACCGGAAGACAUAAUCCUCGGUUAA